GCGCUCCCUGCUCCUCUGCCCCCCCUCGCCCUUCUGCCAGGCUAAAAUAAAAAAGCGCUGAGCUCACCCUCCCCUCGGCCGCCUCCCCAUUGGACGCCCGCCGGGUGCUCAGCGCUGGGGGGGCGGCAGGGGCCAGGCAGAGCCCGCCGCUGACCAAGUAGGGGAGACCAUCCGCCGACGCUCACCAUGACGACUUCGUACCGGCAAGAGCUGGAGAAAUACCGAGAUAUCGAUGAAGACAAACUGCUCAAGGAACUCUCCCCGGAGGAGCUGGACCAGCUCGAUCUGGAGCUGCAGGAAAUGGAUCCAGAAAACAUGAUGCUCCCAGCUGGGCUCCGGCAGCGGGAUCAGACCAAGAAAGACCCCACGGGACCCCUGGACCGAGAUGCCCUCAUGCAACACCUGGAGAAGCAGGCAAUAGAGGCCAAGGAGCGGGAGGACUUGGUGCCCUUUACGGGGGAGAAAAAAGGGAAGCCCUUCAUCCCAAAAGUUGCCAAGAAAGAAGUCAUCAAAGAGGAAGACGUCAUCCUGGAGCCGGAGCUGGAGGAAGCUUUGGCCAACGCCACCGACGCCGAGAUGUGCGACAUCGCAGCCAUCCUGGGCAUGUACACCCUAAUGAGCAACAAGCAAUAUUACGACGCCAUCUGCAGCGGCAACAUCACCAGCACGGAAGGCAUCAACAGUGUGGUCCAGCCAGACAAAUACAAGCCGGUUCCCGACGAGCCCCCCAACCCCACGAAUGCCGAAGAGACCCUGGCGAAAGUCCGAAGCAACGACCGGAAUCUGGAAGAGGUGAACCUGAAUAACAUCCAGGACAUUCCCAUCCAGACCCUGAAGGAGAUCUGCGAAGCCAUGAAAUCCAACACUCAGGUGAAGAAGCUCAGUUUAGUGGCCACCAGGAGCAACGACCCAGUGGCGCACGCGGUGGCCGAGAUGCUCAAGGAGAACAAAUCUCUCCAGAGCCUCAACAUCGAGUCCAACUUCAUCACCAGCGCGGGGAUGAUGGAGGUCAUCAAAGCGAUGAAGGGAAACAACACCUUGGCCGAACUCAAGGUGGAUAACCAGCGCCAGCGGCUGGGCGACUCGGUGGAGAUGGAGAUGGCCGCCAUGCUGGAGAACUGCACCUCCCUCACCCGGUUUGGGUACCACUUCACGCAGCAGGGCCCCAGGGCCCGAGCCUCCAUCGCCAUCACCAGGAACAACGAGCUGCGACGCCAGCAGAAGAAGACAUAAAUGGGGGGGCCCAUCCGUUCCCCCGGAAGCGGCUUUCCCACCUCAGGCAUCUCCCCAUUGCUCCGUCUCCAAAACAGCCCGAGGGGAAUUCUGGGGCUCAGGUGCCCAACUCAGGUGUUCUUCCCUCCCUGCCCCUCCGAGGACCCCCCCCCCGUCUUUCAAAUACCUCUGUAAAUAAAGAGAUCGGAACAAUCCUC